AAAGGCAUCCCUACAGCAGUCUACAACUACAAGAAGCCAAGCCACGCCAAGUGCACUCGCUAACAAAGGAGAAUUUAUAUUUUGAUUUUGUCUCCAGUAUUUUUUGUUAUUAAUACCUUAAAAUUAUGGAAUCUAUUGUACCAUCCAUCCGUGUAAAAGUGGAAGAAUCAAUCUCAAACGAAGGAGUCAACUUGCCGGAAAACGAAUGCAAAUACAAGGAACGACCAUCUAACAAAGAGAUAACUUCACCCACUGCCUAUGUCAAACUGUAUCGCAUUGCAGUGCUGGAUAGAAUUCACCAAAAGCAGCGCUCUGAUGAUGAUGAUGAUGAACCAUCAUCAGCAGAUAGUGGGAGUGAUUCGUCAGCAGAAGAGAAGGGAGAAAGCAACAAUGGAGAAGUGGUACGAGAAGAGAGGGUUUCCAACAAAGUGACUUCUAAAAAGCCUCAUCAGUGUAAAUUCUGUGCAAGAAGCUUCUCUCAGACUAGAGAUUUGACUGUUCAUGUGCAAACGCACACCAAAGAGAAGCCUUACCAUUGUACAGUCUGUACAAAAACGUUCUCUCGGUCUGAUUAUGUGACUCUGCAUAUGCGUACCCAUACCAAAGAGAAGCCUUAUCAUUGUACAGUCUGUAAAAAAACUUUCUCUCAGUCUGGUCAUCUAACUAUGCACAUGCGUACUCACUCUAAAGAGAAGCCAUUCCAGUGUACAGUCUGUUCAAAAAGGUUCUAUCACGCUGGUCAUCUAACUGUACACAUGCGUACUCACACCAAAGAGAAGCCUUUUCAGUGUACAGUCUGCACCAAGAGGUUCUCUGAGUCUGGUACAUUGACCACGCAUAUGCGUACUCACACCAAAGAGAAGCCUUAUCAUUGUACCAUCUGUACAAAAACGUUCUCUCGGUCUGAUUAUGUGACUCUGCAUAUGCGUACUCACACCAAAGAGAAGCCUUAUCAUUGUACAGUCUGUAAAAAAACUUUCUCUCAGUCUGGUCAUCUAACUGUGCACAUGCGUACUCACUCUAAAGAGAAGCCAUUCCAGUGUACAGUCUGUUCAAAAAGGUUCUCUCACGCUGGUCAUCUAACUGUACACAUGCGUACUCACACCAAAGAGAAGCCUUUCCAGUGUACAGUUUGCACCAAAAGAUUCUCUGAGUCUGGUUCCUGGACCAAGCAUAUGCGUACUCACACAAAUGAGAAGCCUUUUCAGUGUACAGUCUGCACCAAGAGGUUCUCUCAAACUGGUAAUUUAACUAGUCAUAUGCAGACUCACACCAAAGAGAAGCCUUUCCAUUGUACAGUCUGCAGCAAAAGGUUCUCUGAGUCAGGUGCCUUGACCAAGCAUUUGCAUACUCACACCAAGGAGAAGCUUUUUUAGUGUACAGUCUGCACCAAAAGGUUCUCGGAGUCUG